AUAAGAUGGUACCUGAAGGAAAGGCAGAUUUCAACUGUAUCUCCUAUGCAAAGAUGAUUUUUCAUGCAUUGAAAUAUCCGCAUUGUGCAGUAUUCGGUCUCCUCGUGGGCUCAUCUGAACGAGUAAUAUGCAUCGAUGCAGUUCCAGUUUUGCAUGAACCGGCCUCACUUAACGUUGUACCCGAAAUUGCCCUAGCUCUCGUCGAUUCUCAAUGUGCUUAUAAUUCUUGGAAUAUUGUUGGUGUUUAUUUUUGCAAUGAGCUUCUCGAUGAUAAAAAUCUCGAUCCUUCUGCAGUACGAAUAGCUGACAAAAUAGCUUUAAUAUUUCCGCAAGCCUUAAUUGUUCAGAUCGUUAAUACAGCACUGAGAGCAGAUUCAUCAGAGGCUUCCAUAAUAGUAUAUAAUUCUCAAAAUAAGGUCUGGAGGCCCAAGAAAUUUCAACUGGAAAACGAAGAAGCCGUAUCAUCACUGGUUUUGUCAGCAAUACAAAAUAAAUUAUUUCGCGAAAUAACUGAUUUUGAAAAUCAUUUGGACAAUCCAUCCAAUGACCACUGGAACUGUGCACUUAAUGAAAAAAUUGAGCAUCAUUGUUCACCUCUAGUCAAUUAA